AUGGAAGCCAGCACCGCCCCAGGGGUUCCACAGCAGCACCCCCAGUGUGUGCCUGCGGGCAGCCGAGGAGAUGGUGGCACUGGAACCUUCCCAACCCAGCUUGAUUCUUCUGCCAGAGGUGAGAAGUUUGGGAAAAACGUGGCAGAGCCAGGUGGACCCAGGGGCUCCACCUACCUCUUCCUGUGUUCCGGGUGCUCUUCCCAGCCUCCCCCCGCCCUGUUCUGCAUCCAGACAGGUCCCUGCUCCACCUCUGGAAAUUUGUUUGAUGAAGUGACAGGGAAGCGACCUCGGGAGUCCUUUGGGAAGAUCCCCCGGAACACUGUGGCCUUAAGCCCCCUGAACCCAACGAGCUUCUCCAUCAACGCUGUCGUCAAGCACAAGCAGCGCGGCCGGGAGCCCCGGAGCCGCUCCGAGAGAGACGACACCCCCUGCCCUGGGUACCUGUUCGAGGAGAUCGCCAAGAUCUCCCACGAGUCUCCCGGGAGCAGCCAGUGCCUGCUGGAGCAUCUCCUCACGCGGCUGCAGAGCAGCUCCUGCCACGUCCAGUUGAAGGUGCUGAAGAUCCUGCUGCACACCUGCUCCCAGGGCUCCCCCCAGUUUGUCCUGCAGCUGAAGAGGAAUGCCAGCUUCAUCCGAGAGGCCGCAGUGUUCUCUGGGCCCCCAGACCCUCUCCACGGCAACAGCUUGAACCAGAAGGUGCGAGCGGCCGCACAGGACCUGGCCAGCGUUCUGUUCUCGGAUGCACCGCUGCCACAGCCCCUGGCGCUGCCCGCCCGGGCCCCGGCCCCCGCUGGGAUGGGCUCCAGCCCCAGCCCCUGUGGAUCCCUGCAGGGAUUCGGCUUCAGCAGUGACAAAAGCAGCUCCGCUUCCACAGGAGAGGCCCUGCUGAGCAGCCUCCAGCGAGCGGCCGAGGCCGUGGCCCAGGCUGUGCUCCCGGCCCCGGGGGGGCCCCGGCAGCUCCGUGGGGACCUCCCUGAGGACACCUACGAGCCCGUCCGAGCUCCAUCCCCUGCCAGCAGCCCGGCCGUGCCGCCCCCGACUCCUCCCGCGCCGCGCAGAUCCCGAGUGAGCCACCAGCCAGGGCUGGCGGGGGGCGGCUGGGAGGAGGCAGACAGCGGGCACAGCUCCCAGGAAUCCUCGCAGGGCAACGAGCGGAGCCGCGCCUCGGACUCGGGCAGCAAAUCCGGCAGCGACAGCCGCUCCGGGGCCAGCCGGGAGCUGAGCCACGGGGCUGAGAGCAGGGUGGAUGCUGACAGCCCGGGUGACUGCCGGAGGGAGCUGAGCCUGGUGUCGGGACUGACGCGUGGGGCCAGGGUCUUCCUCACCAGGGAGGAAGCUCAGCACUUCCUCAAGGAGUGUGGGCUCCUGAACUGUGAGGUGGUGCUGGAGCUGCUGGGCCGGGCGCUGGAGGAUCCCAGUGACAGCGUCCGCAUGAGAUCCAUGUGUGCCAUCUCUGCCCUCGGCUGCUCCGACCUGCUCUCCCCAGAGCAGAUCUUUGCCGUGACCCGGCAGCGCCUGCAGCACCUCAGCCGAGGCAGCCCUGGGCCUGUGGCCAACCGAGCAACAAAGAUGCUGCGGCAGUUCGAGGCCCUGUGCCGGGCCCAGCCCUCCCCGAGGGCUCCACGCCCACCCUCAGCCCCCUCGGUGGGUUCAGCCGGGGACCUGCUCAUGGACAUCCCAGCCCUGGCCAGCGAGAGCUUCCUGACCCCCCUGAGCCCGGCCCCGACCCCUGCAGCCCCCACGGGCCCCGGUGAGGAGCCGGGGGUGGCAUCGGAGCCCCCCGGGCAGCCUGGGGCUGCAGUGCCAGCCUGUCCCUGCGAGCAGGACAGGGACAGCAGGCUGGCAGGGGACACGGCAGCCCCCAGCCUGUCCCUGUUCGCUGGCAUGGAGCUGGUGGCCCGUCCUGGCACGGUGCUCCGGCCGCAGUCGCCGCCGCUGGAGCCGCAGACGCCGUCCCGGCCCCAGGACGGGGGGACGGGCGCGGAGGGCACCCUGCAGCCAUCAGCCUUCGCCUUCCUCAACAUGUAGCUGCUGUCAGGCCCCGGGGGCUGCGGGGGCUCUGCCCCCCAUCCCUGCGGGGCCUGUGCUGUCCUGGUGCCUCAGGGGGAGCACGGUCUGAAAUGGCCACACGGGCCAGGGCUUCCAUCAGGUGACAAUGUCCCUCUCGCUGUCCGUGGUGUUCCAGGGCAGGCAGAGAGGCACGAGCCCUUGCUCCUCUGAGCCGGACAGGGGUGUGGGACCUGCUGGGACUGAGCUGGGGGUGCUUUGGGGACCCCAGCACAGCUAUGGGUGCUCUUGGGUGGUCCCCAGCUGCAGCCUGGGCUCUGUGGGGGUGGGGUGGGAGAAGGCGCCGUCCCCAUGGGGCCGGGACCCACCAAUAAACCCCCACUCGGGUUUGGGAACGUGUGACUUCUUCCUGCGCCGCU